AUGGCAACAGACACAGUCGAAGUCCCUCGUUUCGUUCUCCAGACCGUUGAAAAUGAGCCUGGCCUCGAAAAAUUCGUUCCUACUUCUUUCUCUUCCUCUUCAUCUCCUUUGUCGACAGAAAAUACAUCAUCGGUCGUUGCGACGGUGCAGGAGGGAGAUGUCAAUUCCAAUCAACCCUCACCACAACAACCACAAUCACUACCACCACCACCACCACCACCAGCAGACGAACUGCCAGUGAAAGAACCACGUAUUACCAAUCCAAAUUCUAGUCCUAAUCCUAAUCAUAAUCAUAAUCGUAUCAACCACAAGCCCGUCUCCUCAAAACAGUCACACCCACCGCCCCGAUUCUACUCUACGCCCUUGGACCCGCAAGAUCCGGACUCGACGCCCGUCACCCUGUACGGUCUCGAGCAGACGUACGAGUAUUACGUGCCUCGACGGAAGACGUGGAUGUUGCCGUCGUUGUCGUUGUCGCAUUCGUCGGCAUCUGCCCCUUCGCCUUCUCCUUCUUCUCCUUCUGUCAGACCUUCUACAUCCGUCUAUUCUCCUUCCGCUAGGCCUCGAAGUGUGAUGAUGAUAGGCGAGACGGAGACAGAGGCAAAGACACAGGUAAAUUCAGAUGCAGAGGCAACAGCGUCGACAAAAGAAAGUUCGACUACAACUGCAACUGCAACUACAGCUACCUCCGAUCUACGCUCGUCCUCGUCGCAUUCCCAUCAACGCUCGCAUUCAUCAUCGUCGUCAUCAACUUCAACGACACGAGCAACGACUCCCGCAGCGACGACAGCUGCAGAUACACCAGUUCAACUGUCCUCGUCCUACAAAUACUCGCGCUCAUCACCGUCACUUCUACUGUCACCGCCAUCACAACCGUCAGAUUGCGCUCUUACGCAGACAUCUUCUUCUCCAAAUGCGACUGCAACUACAGUUCCACCACCCAUUCCAGGCACAUUCCCAAGGCGAACAAACACGACGCCCACGCUGACAACGACGAUAACAUCGACAGCUGCAUCUGCAUCCAGAUCUAAAUCAAGAAGACAUUCCGUCCUCUUCUGGAGGAAAGAUGAUCACAACCAUGAUCAGGAUCAGGAUAGUCAUCUCCCGACGAGCGACAGCAAUCAAAAUGACAACACCAAAACCAACAAGAUGGAAAACACCACUAACAACAACGAUAAUAAUAAUAGCAACAACAACGACAACGGCAAACCCACAAAAAAAGAAAGCCGCCUCCAUCGCUCCCUGACACGAAGAUUGACCCUUUCAUUACGAUUGCGCUGA